UAAUUAAGUUUUUACAGAAAUAUAAUCAACCUUUUCAGGUUUUUUUAUGGUAUCAGAUUCUUAUUAACUGAACAAUAAAUCAAACUUUCUCCAUAUCGGACAUGUCUACAUCCGAGCCAUGGAAGGAUUCCAAUCACCCCUUAUUUCUCCACCACUCCGAUCAACCAGGUGCCAUCUUGGUUUCGCAACAAUUAGUGGAAGAUAACUUUACUACUUGGCAAGAAUCUAUGUUGAUGGCUCUAACCAUCAAAAACAAAGUUGGCUUUGUCACCGGCUCUCUGCCACGCCCAACUGACAACCCAACCGAGGAGCUUCAAUGGGAACGAUGCACUGUUCUCGUCAAAACUUGGCUGCUCGGAUCUAUGUCGAAGGAGAUAUCUAAAAGCGUCAUCCAUUUCAAGGAUGCCCGAGGUAUUUGGAUCGAACUUAUCGAAAGGUUUUCUCAAUCUAACAUUGUUUCUCUCUUUAAUGUUGAAAAGGCAAUUCAUGACUGCACUCAAGGAAGCGACUCUGUCAGUACAUAUUUCACCAAGUUAAAAUCUUUAUGGGAUGAAAAAGAUGCUCUGACUGGCUUUCUUCCCUGCCCCUGCACCACCACAGACAAAAUCAAGGUAUACUUUGAAAAUCAAAAGACUAUGCAAUUUUUAAUGGGUCUUAAUUCAGAUUUUGAGCAAGUCCGCAGCAGCAUUAUUGGCUUGGAUCCCUUUCCUGCGCCAAACAAAGCAUACUCGAUGGUUCUCCGUCAAGAACAACAAGCAAAGAUCCCUUCUAAGUCUCUACCACCAAGUGACACUUCAGCUUUUGCUAUCCACGGAGGUAAGGAGGACCUCAACAGCUCGGCUUUUGCUAUUAAACGAAGCAAAGAGUCGCUGCUCCCUGGUGCCUCUAAAUCAUGUGACAAAUGCAACAUGUCCAACCACUCUACAAGGCAGUGUCGCUCUCACCUCACGUGCUCUUUUUGCAACAAUAAAGGCCACACUGUUGAUUAUUGUAGGAAAAAGAAGAGGACCAUUGCUGCAGAAAAUGCAGGCAGCAAUAUCAACCUUGCCGAUACAGGGGCAAACGACACUAAUCUUGCCUUGGUGAACAAUCAUGGAAAUCUUUCACUCUCGAAUGCAGAAUACCAGCAAGUCAUGGCUCUCCUUAAUCGACUUCAGUCCCCUUCCUCCAGCCAACAGCAGCAGCCUAACAGGUCCAUAUAUAACUCCACUGCUCACCAUGUCGGUAAUCCCUCGGCUUUCACUCACUUCUCAGGACCUACACAUGGGGAAGACGAUUGGGACGGGGUAUGAGAAAGAUGGCUUGUUCUUCUUACACACUAGACCGCCAACAAUUCUUUGCAACACAUCCACAUCGGAUACUUUAUGGCAUCAACGAGUCGGUCAUCCAUCUCAGCAAAUA